GUCAAAGCAAACAAAUAGUGCAGAACGAUGCACUUGACUGGCUGUUGACUCUCCCAACCCGGAAGUAACGGGUAGAGGGAAUCAUCGCAACUUCAGUGUUAUAACGGGGAAUGGCGGUGGGCUGCCAACUGCAACUAGCGUUAUGAAGCACACAUUCAGUGAUCCGUAGAGCUCACAAUGGCCAAGAAGGACGUCGAGUAUUUCCCCCUCCAGCAGCAGGAUACGAGUGAUGAGGAAGGGGAUGGGAUUCACGCCCGGGGCCCCAGUCUAGAUGCUGAAGCGAAAGGCCCCUUAUUACUGGACCCGUUUCUCUCCAACCCGGUAAAGCGCCGACGCGUCAACCGGUAUGGCGUGGUGGCACUCGUCAUCGUCAGCAUUGGAGCCAUUGUCAUGGUGACGUUUGUGGCCUUGACCUUAUUUCACGGUAAAGGUCACACCAAACAAAUAUUCAAAGGUUUUCCGACAGGGAAAUCAACACCGGGAUGGCGUGUUGUGUUAAACGGUACAGGUGCAGAGUCGUGUAUUCGAACCCCGGACAUCGAUGGUGACGGUCUACCGGACGUGUUGGUCGGGCUAGCUCAUGGCGCAGACUUGUCGAAGGUCAACUCUCUCACUGAGAACAACAGUCUCAAGAAAUACUGUGAACAGCAAGGCUUAAGCUACCCUUGUGUGGGGUUUCUUCUUGCCCUGAGAGGUACCGACGGUAAGGAGCUCUGGCGCAUCCCUACCAGGUCAGAGGUCAUGCUUAUGAUGUGUGACAUCGACGUCAACCUUGAUGGAGCUAAAGACUGCAUCGUUACCGGCCGACAGUCGACGGUGCAGGCAGUGGAUCUCAGAAAGGGCAAGACGCUGUGGUUCUCGGACGGCGCUGACCACCCCGCCUAUUUCACACAGACGUGGAACGUCUACCAGCCUGUACUGUUACCGGAUGUCGACGCAGAUGGAGUGGAGGACAUUGUUGUUAGCCAUGGCGGAGAUCCCAACAUUGAACCCGAGGUACACAACCGCACCGCUGGGCGCCUGAUUAUUUUGUCAGGGGCGACCGGAAUUCCCCUUGGUAAUUACUUCGAACUGCCUGACAGUAAGGAAACGUACAUGACACCAGUCAAAUAUACCGCUAGAGACGGAUCCCAGUACCUGCUGUUUGGAAGCGGUGGUGAAACUGUGCCAGGUGACCUCUUGGCCAUCGCAUUGCCUGACCUUUACACUCUGACUGAUCAAAAGGUCCUGCCACAAUCUAAGGGGGAGUUUGGAUGGAAGAAGAUUCUGCAUAAACAUCCGGAUGACGUCACCAUGUAUUUACUCAGGGGAAAGUUUAAAGGCGUCAUGGUCCCACCCGUCAUCGUUGAUGUCGACAACGAUGGAGAAAAGGACAUCCUGGUGUCGGCGUUUGAUGGGGAGAUGGUGAUGCUCGACGGCAAAACAUUGACUGCAAAAUGGCGGAGACGUUUUCCAAAUAUGGAAUCGUACAGCACACCAGCACCUGGCUACUUCAACGACGACAACAUCUUAGACUUUAUGGUUCACUGGAGCAGUGGAGCGUGGCCGAAAUACUCUGGCUCAGAUACACUGAUACUGAACGGUAUAAACGGCAAGACACUGUGGAAGGACCACUCCAGCAUGUAUCAAAUGUCCUCGGAUCUGGUCCUCCGGUCAAGGACAAAGCACCUGGACUACUUCAUGGUCAAGAUGAUGGGCAAGAACGCGACCCUGGGGAACGGAACGAGGGGGCAAGCCCAUGGCGUUGGGGCACAGCGAGUUAUAACCAAAAGAGACAGCGACGGGAGUGACGAAUGUGAAGACCUCAUCCAAGAAUUUAAGGACAAGCACGUGACCUGUGAUAAUGACCUCACGCACUUCAGCGAGCUCGUCUUCCUCGUUGACCGGAACCACGCGGAGAAAACACUCCCUCUACAUCUAACACAAGGGGAAAAAUACUACUACGACUACAAACCCAGACCCGAUGAGGAGGGGUGUAUGCCUGCCGACAAGUCGACUGGGAAAAUUCCUAUGUGUAUUGUUAUGCUUCCCGACUCAAGGUCUACAGAUGCUGUUACUGACGUGGAUGGUGACGGGAGUCUUGAUCUGAUCCACCUUGGGUUGUUGGAGGGGCGUAUGAGGGACAGCCGGUUCAGCUACACCAAGAUGAAAUUCACAACCAUGAUAUCCAGAAUUGACAUCAUGACAGGCGUCAAUCAACAUUCCACGGCUCCAGGAUCCAAAACCGAUCCCAAGCCGCCGUUUGCUCCAUUGUUAACCCAAUCGUGGCUCCAAUAUCUCGGCUCCGCGGCUUCCAGUAUAUUUUAUCAACAUCGGAUGUGAUAUGUUAGUGUUUGUUUGUUUUGUUUGGAAUUCAUGUUUAUAUACAACGUUCUUACAUAGCGUCGUAUGAUCGACAAUAAAAUGUUUUUAUAUAACUCAAA